AUAUCCUUGUUAUUAUUUUUGUAGAUACAAAACACACACACAUAUACACACACCAACUGGUACCAUAUGUUUUCGCUUUCUUAAAUACAUAUUCUACUUUUUUUGAAAUAUAUUGUGCAUAUUUUCCCAUGUCAUUAAUUAUCAAAACCAUGAUUUUAUGCUCUAUUGCAUAGUCAAUUUGUAUCAUUAAGCAUCCCUUUGUUGCUAGGAAUUAUAUUGCUUAUAUAAUUAUUUGUCCUAUUGAAAAUAAGAGGGGGGAAAUGAAAUUAUAUUGUUUCAGCUUUUUAUUUACGAUAGCAAUUUUGAUUACAAAAAGAAAAUCUCAGUGGGGCCAGGGACUACUCCACAAUGUUCAACUGGUAAAGCAACCUUUACUUUGGCUGCAAUUCCUCAUUGUUUAAGUGUCUGCAGGAAAAGUGGUUGUGCAGGGUGAUCUGGCUUCUUUAUCCCUUGUGGUGCAAAAGGGCUAGACACCCUAAUAUUUCCUGUAUUACUAGUUUAAUUUGUAUAGCUCCUUUAAUAUUUAAUGUUCACCGCAUUGAGUGCAAGAUAAGCAGGGCAGAUGGAGUAAUUUGUUCAAGAUCACAGGGCUUAUCAGGAGUGGAGACAGGGAUUCAGAUACCUGAGAUAUUCAGGGUCUUGGAAAGUAAACAUUUCUCCAGCCUUGGGACUGCCUGGGUUUACCCCGCCCCCGCAACUCAAUAAGGGAGCUUCAGUAAUUCCCAGAAAACUCUGACGAGUGGCCCGGCACGCGGGGAACUUCUCUCUACCAAAUGGACGCUAUUCCAUCCUACCGAUCUCUUUGGCAACAUAGCCACUUACCAGCUGGGAUCAUUUCACCCCCGAUGGCAGGGAGACACCUACUGCCACUGACCAAGGGGACUCAGGGAGCGGAAGGGUCGCCGGCUUCAAGGCCCGCGGGGGUUGCCGUCCGGAGGUCACGACGCAGCUGGGGCUGCCAGUCACUGAGGCGUCCGGCUCGGAGGACAGGCUCUCCCCGACACCGGGGCCCUCUGAGCGAGGGCGCGCCUUAGGCGAAGCGACGAGUGCCCCCACCAUCUUAUGGACCAGCCGAGGGCAAGCAAGGGCAGCGCGGCUAAAGGGCUGUCCUGGCGGACUCCCUGGACGUGACAGGCACGCCUCCAGAGGUCAGUCCUCCGCUAUCCCAGAGUGCCUCGGAUCCCGGAAGUACCCGGUUUCCCGGAAGUGCCGGCUGGCUGACAGAGCUGUGGUUUGCUAGAGCGGUGCAACCGGGGGAUCGCUAAUUCUGGGACCUGGGUGACCGCUGGAGGUCUGAGGGCGGUUGGGGUAGGGGUUCAGCAGGGUGCUGAGAGGCGGAAUGAUGGAGGAAGAGGAACUGGAGUUCGUGGAGGAACUGGAAGCCGUGCUGCAGCUCACUCCUGAGGUUCAACUAGCCAUUGAGCAGGUAUUUCCAAGCCAGGAUCCUUUAGAUCGAGCAGAUUUCAAUGCUGUUGAAUAUAUCAAUACCCUGUUCCCAACAGAACAAUCUCUGGCAAAUAUAGAUGAAGUUGUGAACAAAAUUAGACUGAAAAUAAGGAGACUGGAUGACAAUAUUCGAACUGUUGUAAGAGGACAGACAAAUGUGGGGCAGGAUGGAAGGCAAGCACUUGAAGAGGCCCAGAAAGCUAUUCAACAACUCUUCGGCAAAAUCAAAGAUAUCAAAGACAAAGCAGAAAAAUCGGAGCAAAUGGUCAAAGAAAUCACCCGUGAUAUCAAGCAGUUAGAUCAUGCCAAACGCCACCUGACCACCUCAAUCACGACGCUAAACCACCUGCACAUGUUGGCAGGUGGUGUGGAUUCCCUCGAAGCCAUGACCAGGCGCAGGCAGUAUGGAGAAGUUGCUAAUCUCCUUCAGGGUGUAAUGAAUGUUCUGGAACACUUCCACAAGUAUAUGGGAAUUCCACAGAUACGGCAGCUUUCUGAAAGAGUGAAGGCUGCACAGACCGAGCUGGGACAGCAAAUUCUGGCAGAUUUCGAGGAGGCAUUUCCUUCUCAGGGUACCAAGAGGCCAGGAGGACCCAGUAAUGUCCUGCGAGAUGCAUGUCUGGUUGCUAAUAUUUUGGACCCCAGAAUCAAGCAAGAAAUUAUCAAGAAGUUUAUUAAACAACAUCUGUCAGAGUAUCUAGUACUUUUUCAAGAAAAUCAAGAUGUUGCCUGGCUGGACAAAAUUGACAGACGCUAUGCCUGGGUGAAACGCCAGCUUGUGGACUAUGAGGAGAAAUAUGGACGAAUGUUUCCACGGGAGUGGUAUAUGACCGAGAGAAUUGCAGUAGAAUUCUGCCAUGUGACAAGGGCAGAACUUGCUAAAAUCAUGCGUGCCAGAGCUAAGGAAAUCGAGGUGAAAUUACUUCUUUUUGCUAUUCAGAGAACAACUAACUUUGAAGGGUUUCUUGCAAAACGCUUCUCCGGUUGCACCUUGACCGAUGGAACCCUGAAAAAGCUCGAGUCUCCACCACCAUCUACCAACCCUUUCCUGGAAGAUGAGCCAGCCCCAGAAAUUGAGGAGCUGGCAAUCGAGAAGGGAGAAUUAGAUCAACCCAAGAAGCCUAAAGUCCCAGACAACCCAUUUCAUGGCAUUGUUUCCAAGUGUUUUGAGCCUCAUCUCUAUGUGUAUAUUGAGUCCCAGGACAAAAACCUUGGAGAGCUGAUUGAUAGGUUUGUGGCUGAUUUCAAAGCCCAGGGGCCACCUAAGCCCAACACUGACGAGGGGGGUGCUGUGCUUCCCAGCUGUGCUGACCUCUUCGUCUACUACAAGAAGUGCAUGGUACAGUGCUCACAGCUCAGUACUGGAGAACCAAUGAUCGCCCUGACCACCAUUUUCCAGAAGUACCUCCGAGAAUACGCCUGGAAAAUCCUCUCUGGCAACCUGCCCAAAACCACAACCAGCAGUGGGGGCCUGACCAUCAGCAGCCUCCUCAAGGAAAAGGAGGGCUCAGAAGUGGCCAAGUUCACUCUCGAGGAGCUCUGCCUCAUCUGCAGCAUCCUGAGCACAGCAGAAUACUGUCUGGCCACCACCCAGCAGUUAGAAGAAAAACUCAAAGAAAAAGUCGAUGUAAGUCUGACCGAACGAAUCAAUCUCACAGGAGAAAUGGACACGUUCAGCACUGUCAUCUCCAGCAGUAUUCAGUUGCUGGUUCAGGAUCUAGAUGCGGCCUGUGAUCCUGCCCUGACUGCCAUGAGCAAGAUGCAGUGGCAGAAUGUGGAACAUGUUGGUGACCAGAGCCCCUAUGUCACCUCUGUCAUUCUUCACAUUAAGCAGAAUGUCCCCAUCAUCCGUGACAACCUGGCUUCCACACGGAAAUACUUCACUCAAUUCUGCAUCAAAUUUGCAAACUCCUUUAUUCCCAAAUUCAUCACCCACCUCUUCAAGUGCAAACCAAUUAGCAUGGUGGGAGCAGAACAGCUCCUGCUGGACACCCACUCCCUGAAGAUGGUCCUGCUCGAUCUCCCUUCCAUUGGCUCACAGGUGGUGAGGAAAGCCCCUGCCAGUUACACUAAGAUUGUUGUGAAAGGCAUGACCCGGGCUGAGAUGAUCCUCAAGGUAGUGAUGGCCCCCCAUGAACCAUUGGUGGUGUUUGUAGACAACUACAUCAAACUCCUUACGGACUGCAACACAGAAACCUUCCAGAAGAUACUAGACAUGAAGGGGCUGAAGAGAAGUGAGCAGAGCAACAUGCUGGAACUCCUGCGCCAGAGACUCCCCACCCCGCCCUCAGGGGCAGAAGGCUCCAGCUCCUUGUCCCUGAUGGCUCCUACACCAGAACAGGAAUCAUCUCGCAUCCGCAAGCUGGAGAAACUAAUUAAGAAGAGACUGUAGGAGCAGUCUCACAAGGGGCACCAAACCCAGUUCCUGGAAGCCCUGAGUGCCCCUGUACCCGUCCCCCACCAGUGACUCUCAGAUCCUCAGUCUUGAGUCUUCUGGACAUUGAGGUUGCUACUGUGUCUUUCCCAUGCCCUGUAUUAAUUCCUGUCCCAGUGGGAGAAGCUGAGUAAGGGCUGGGUUAUAAAAAGGCGGUUUAGAUUAUCUCUCAUUGCUGACACGGAGGCAGCAGUGGGUGAAAGGUCCCUGUGCUUCAGUUGCUGUUUCCAGGCUGCCCUUGAAGGUUGAGUUGUCAUUGGCUCUUGUAGCUUCACCAUGACAGUCAUACCCUCCGACACCUGGGCCCUAUUCCUUGCCACAUGCCUGUCCAGCAACUUGGAUGAGGAAGCCUGGAUCUUGCUCCUUCCCCUGUCUGCUACUAUUGGAGGUCACCUCUGCAGCCAGAAGGCUAAGAGUGUUCCUGGGAUUGGCUGAGUGAAUGGAGUGCCAGACGCAGGAUUCAGUACUAGCCUUUAUGAGGACAGUGGAAGCAUGUGCACUUUUCCAUGUAAAUCACAGUUUCCUGGUACCUUCUAUGACAUGGCCAAGUUUCCCUGUGUUCUCAUUUCUUGUUAGUCUCCAGAAGAGAAGAGCCUUCUGUGUCUUUCACUCUGGAGGGCUGUAUGAACCAAGCCUUGGAAACAAACCAGACUGGGGCUGCUGACCUGUUGUGGAGACCGACCCAGAUCUGCCAUAGCGGGUUCUCGGGUGUGGGGUGCAGCUCAGUGGUAGAACACUUGCCUGGCAAGUGCAAGGCCCUGGGUUCAAUAUCCUGCACUGCCAAAAAUAAUAAGUGGAUCCUGCUUGGCACUGUGUUAUGUGAGAUUAUUUUCUCUUUCUUUAUUCCCUCUCUGUUCCUGACUUUUGGGGAAGCAAUUGCCUUCUAUGUAAGGAAACCAGAAAGUUCUCUUGGAAAACCUUUUCUAGUUUUUUUCUGCAGAUGAACUGUAGGAGGGAAUAGAUAACCUGUACUAUCUGAUGUCCUCAUGCUCAUUCACUUUCAAACCCAGAGUACUUUCCAGAGUCAUCUGAAACAAUAAAGAUGGUGUUCAGUGUGCACAACACCGUGUAUUAACAAGAGAGAACCUGGUGUGGCUCAGUGGUAGAGCACUUGCCUGGCAUGUAUAAAGCACUGGGUUUAAUUCUCAGCACUGCAUAUAAAUGAAUAAAAUAAAGGUCCAUGGACAACUAAAAAUAUUUAAAAACAAAAAGAGAGAGAGAGAGAACCUGGGUCCUUAGAUACCAGGAACAGAAAAUUGACCUUACUCUCCAGGCUCAGAUCUGGCCUGGCCCAGAAAACAGCUUGAGUCCAGACUGCUCUUCCUGUUCACCUACUGGCUCUGGGCAGCAGAGCUUUGCAGAAAAUUGCUCCAUAGAGCCACUGCAGUCCCCUGGCAUCAUCCUGCAUCCAGGAGGCAGGUAUUGUACCAGGUAGUCACCUUAAUUCUCUUGGUUCACUUGAGACCAAGGCUUAUUUAACCACGACCACAACCUGAGGGUGACCCCAGCUGGGGAGAGCCCUGAGGUAGAAGGUAGAGUUCUCUAUAGAUGAAGCGUGUGUGAGGCCUCAAGAUCAAAUUAGAUUAUCCCAUAGUGCUCAGAACUGAGUGUUCAGGACAGAGGAAGUUUUCUGAAAAUCUGUAAAACUUGUGACAGCCAUACAGUAGAAAACUUUAAGGUUUGAAAAGCUAGUGAGAAACAUUGGCUGUUUGUCUCCAUCUUGUUUUCCCAGUAUACCACUCCACACUAUUUCCCUCCCUCCCUCUGACCCCACCCAUCAGUUCCAACUUUGAAACCCCACCUCUGCCCUGUGCUGGAGAUGGAACCCAAGGCCUCAGGCAUGCUGGGUAAGGCAUGCUCUACCUCUGAGCCACACCCCCAGCCCCAGAGCCUCAUUUCUUUUAUCAACUUCCAGCCUGUUCUUGCUAGUCAGUAGAACUCUUAUGUAUUGAAAUCUCUAAGAAGAAAAUAAGUGGUGAAGAGAUAUGACUGUUAGUGGAGCUCUGUUAGGAAGAGAUUCAAGAUUAGAGACGUGCAGGAGGAUCGGGGAGGGGGUUGGGAGGCUCGGCCUUAGCGGGAUUCCUCUGUGCUAUCAUGGUGCUCUGGUAAGGUUAUAUGCACUAAUUGAAAGAAGGGGUGGUGGGCUAGUCUCCAAACAGCACAGCCAAUUCAACCGUCUGUCAUCGACCUAGGGAGGCUGGGAAAGCCAGUGCACUCCUGCACCUGGUUCUUGUCACUCUCAAUGUUUACAGAUCCACACUUCUCUUUUUAGUUCAUUCAUGAGGAGUCAUUUUUCUGGACAUCUCCAUAAUGGCAUUGAGAUGUCAAGCUGCUGUUUUCCCAGUUGGUGGUCACCGCCAGGGAAGUUGCUUUCCUGAUUUAUUACAUUGUCAGAAAUCCCCAAGGAGUCAACAUUUGUCAGUUGGAGUUAUGUUCAGUGUCUCAUUGAUGGGGACUGAAUACGGGGAGUGCAGCCUGGAGAGACAGCAUGUUUCUCACCUGGGGACAUGCACCAGAAUCACCUGGGGCCCUUUUAAAAAAUGUAGAUGCCUGGAGAUUUUGAGUCAGUAGGUCUGCAGAGGGCCUGGCGUGUAGUCUUAAACGCUCCAUAGGUGAUUACAUUUGUCUAUCAAUAUCCACGGAGGAUUGGUUCCAGAACUCCCCACCCCCGUGGAUAUAAAAAUCUGCAGAUGCUUGAGUCCCCUCAUAUAACACGCCAUAGCCUUUGCCUAUACUCUAAACACCUCCUGCUGUACACUUUAAAUUAUCUAUAGACCACUUAUAUAUCUAACAUGAUAGAAACGCUACACAAAUAAUUGUACUGGAUUGUUUGGGGAAUAAUGACAAGAAAAAGGUCUGUACUUAUUUCAUGUAGGCACAGUUUUGUUUUGUUUUUUCCAAAUACUUCUGAUCCACUUUUGGUUGAAUCCACAGUUGUGGUAUCCACAGAUAUAGAUGGCUGACUAUGGGAGGUUUAUUCUUUUCUAAGAACCAUUGCAAUACACAAAAAUUUGCUACAGGGUUCCUGUAGCCCAUUUGCAUAAAUGUAUAUUUUUGUGGUUCUCUGAGUGUAACUGCAGUACAGCGAUCUUUGCUUAUAGCCAGCAGCUUUCAUUUCAAACUCGUGUUGGUAGUCAGGGGUGCCAGGAGCUGCACUCUCAUUCAACACUGAUGAGGAGUCUUCCUCUUUGAUGACCAAGCCCCAAACAGAAGCUUUACUUAUUAUUGUUACUUCAAAAUAACAUAUAUAAAUGAGUAGCCAUUGAUGAAAGCAGCAUCCAAUAACUAUAAUUCAGUUAACCUCAGAUACUUUUUUAAGGCACCCAAGAUUGAAACCAGAGGUGCUUAACCACUGAGCCACAUCCCAGAUCUUUUCAUUUUUUAUGUUGAAACAGGGCCUCAUGAAGUUGCUGAGGCUGGCUUUGAACUUUCAAUCCUCCUGCAUCCGCCUCCCAAGCCGCUGGGAUUGCAGGUGUGCACCACUGCACACAGCUCUCUAGCCUCUUUAAAAACAAAAAAUAAAAACAACUUUGAAGUCUCCUUGUGUUUAAAAUAAAUAUUGACGAUUUAUAAAUCGAUAAAGAAUUCACUGUUACUCUUAUUAUGGACAGGCUUUCUAGAGAGCUGGCUUAGAGGUGCCAGGCUGGAGAAAGUUCUGUUUGGACUACACCCCUGAAACAGGAGUCACAAAGGGCAGGGAUGUUUUGAUCUCCAAGUUAAGUUCUGAAGCUAAAGCUAAUGCCACUCCUUCCUCUCUUGUGGUGCCUAGUGUGUGUGAGGCUCUGGGUUCAAUCCCUAGUGCUGAAAAGCAAAAAUAAAAACCUUCCUCUCUGGCAGAACAAACAGCCAGUACCCAAGACUCUGCCCAGCACCCACAGAGGGUUCUUGUUCUCUCAUGUGUCAGGUAGUGCCAUGGUAUAGAUCAAACAGGAGUGAGAGCAGAGAUGCCAAGAGCAACGUUAACAGUGAAGGGCAGACGGGGCAGGAGAGCAGGUCCAAGGCUGCUGCCUGAUGCGGGGGAUGUUCCACGGCUCCUCCUGAGUUGCUGUUGGACAAGGAAGCUUGGUUCCCUGUUUACAGAAUACUAGGGGAAAUGCCAGAAGUGAACAGCUGGAAAUCUAAUUCCUCUCCCUAGGAAGAAAAGUCUCAAAAUAACUAGCUCGCUUGAAGGUGAAGGCAAGUGUUCCACACUUUUUGUCUACUCCAAGUCAGAUUCCUAAAAAUAAAAUGGUUAGAACUCACUGCACUGGGCCUUUUAAGCACUAGCCUUGGAAACAUGGACUCAUGAAAAUGCAUGCAGAUGUAAGGAAUACCAUUGCAUUUUAUAUAUUAAAUAAAAUUUUCCAGUCCCAUCCUAGUAUUCAUCAAAAUAGCCUCUUGGACCCUCAGAGUUCUACACCUUUGGGAGACCUAAAUUGCUUUAAAAUAAAGGAAUUACUUUUUUGUGUAAAUAUCUUUCAUUUUGCCCAUCUGGAAGUGAUUUCUUGGUGCACAUUGGAGCACAAAAUACUGCAGUUAAUUAAAGCAUUAC